AUGGCCGUAUCCUCCCAGUUACUUCCCGCACUUGCUAUAACCACGCUUCUGGUCACCAUUUCCAUCUUCAUCAUGCGACGUCUCGGCACCGUUCUAGUUCCACAGCCUGCGAAUGAGCCAAAUCCCCUGAGCGUGGCAAGCUACCCCCAAGACCUGCUGAGCAAAGCCCUAGCAUCCGCCUUGUCAGACGCUGUCAUCUUCCCGUGCGACGAAGUUGCUUUUAGGAAAUCGAUGGAUUCUUAUUGGGCGCAGCAGGAGUGUGAAGUGAUCCCAUCAUGCGUCGUCCAGCCCCGCGAUGCGCAGCAGCUCUCGACUGCUGUCAAAAUCCUCAAACGCGAGUUUGAUGGACGAGAAGAGGGAAAGAAAGACGCAACUGGAUAUGGUGAAGAAAAGCCGGCUGGUUUAUUUGCGAUUCGGGGGGGUGGCCACUCUCCAAUUCCCGGUGCCGCCACUGUCGAGGGGGGUCUACUGAAAGAGGUGACACCAUCUGAGGACGGCUCAAGUGUAGUCAUUGGAGCUGGCGCCAAAUGGAUGGAUGUCUCUAGAGUCUUGGAUGAGCGAGGACUUGCUGUUGUUGGCGGUCGGAACUCCGCUGUCGGUGUUGGGGGUUUGACUCUAGGCGGUGGUCUCUCCUUUUUCUCGCCCCGUUUCGGCCUAGUCUGCUCGAACGUCACUAGUUACGAACUCGUUCUUGCAUCUGGCGCUACCACUACUGCUUCCGCAUCGAGUAAUCCUGAUCUUUGGCGCGCUCUCAAAGGGGGGUCCAGUAACUUCGGUAUUGUGACGAGUUUCACAGCUCGCAGUUUUCCCUGUAAUAUGGUUUGGGGCGGGUUUCUCUAUAUGCCAUCUUUCCAGGCUACUAAGACUCUUGCAGCUUUUCACGAAUGCAUCAACAGAGCCGGAGUAAGCAUCGACAACAAUGCUGCUGGGCCUAUUGCAUGCUUUUCCUACGUUCAACAGCUUGGUAUUCAAGCUGUCUCCGUGAAUCUAGUCUAUACCGCACCUCAACCGCACGAGAAAAAAUGGCCUCUCUACUGGCGGAACUCUCCCUUCAGACCCCUCUGGCGCUUCUGGAGCACCUGUAAGAUCCGCACUCUAACCAGCGCAACCGACGAAAUGAACUCCCUCAACCCACCCGGUAGGCGCCAGCUAUUUGCUACCACUACCAUCAAAAACGAUCUCGCGACUAUCACCCAAGCCCACACAGCCUACCAAGACGCCAUUGCUUCCUUGCGCCACGUCAAUAUCAAAGGCCUGGUAUGGACGCUCGUGCUCCAACCGCUCGUGCCAGACUGGAUACAAAAAGGCGAUGCCAACCCCCUCGGCCUGCACGACUGCACCGACAAUCUCGUCAUGGUAAGCUUCACUGUCAACUGGAACGAAGCUCACAACGACGACUUUGUUAAAACAACAACGCGGCGUACCGUUGAGCACAUUGAGACGAUAGCCGCAGCUAACAAGACUGGCCAUCGUUGGCGGUACUUGAAUUACUGCGCGGAGUGGCAGAAGCCGUUUGAGGGCUAUGGUGAGGAGAAUUGGCGCUUUUUGAGGGAGGUGAGUGGGAAAUAUGAUCCCGAUGGGUUGUUUCAGAAAGGUUGUCUAGGCGGAUUCAAGUUGAGUAUAGAGAAUGGCGAGGCUUGA